CGGGCGGAGUGGUGGAGGUCUCCCUCUCCUCGAGGAGGACGAGACGAGACGGCCAAAAGGAGAGAGGGGGGAGAGGAGGAGGGGAGAGGAGAUCGGGAUGAGGCGGGCGAGGCUGCCGCCGGCGCCGGCGGGGGUGGCGGGGGAGGGGGAGCUGAGGUACCGAGGGGUGAGGAGGCGGCCGUCGGGGAGGUACGCGGCCGAGAUCCGGGACCCGGCGAAGAAGACCCCGAUCUGGCUCGGCACCUUCGACUCCGCCGAGGCCGCCGCCAGGGCCUACGACGCCGCCGCGAGGUCGCUCCGGGGCGCCGCCGCCCGCACCAACUUCCCCUCCUCCGCCUCUUCCGGCGCGCGGCCGACGCAGCAGCUGCCUCCCUCUUCUGCCGCCACGGUGGUGGUGGCGGCGGCGGCGGCGGCGACCUCUAGCCACAGCAGUACCGUCGAGUCGUGGGGCGUCACGGUGGUGGCAGCGGCGGCGACGGCGACGGCGACGGCGGCGGCCGCUUCCGUUGGAGCUCCCGGUGCUGCCGCCGCCGCCGCCCGCGGCGGCGCCCCGGCCGCCGACGAGGACUGCGGCAGCUACUGCGGCUCCUCCUCGUCCGUGCUCUGCGAGGACGGCGCAUCGGGCGCCGGCGACGAGUCCGCCGCCCCGCGCUGCUCGCCGCUGCCCUUCGAUCUGAACCUGCCGGCCCCUUCCCCGUCGACGACAGCUGCCACCGACGAGAUGGAUUGGCGCUGCGACACGCUGCUCCAUCUCUAGCCUGCACACGACCAACCGGUAAACUCUAGCCUACGACGACGACCAACCAGCAAGCAGCAAGAACCAACCGGCGAACUGGUACUGGGUUGCGCUGCUGCUCCAGCCAUUCCCAUUGCUGCCGAGCUACUGCGAACAAGCUCUACCACCACCAUCUCCAUAGACACGGAUAAUUAAUUUUUGUUUUGCCUUUUUUUUUUCCUUCAAUCUCUUUUCACCACUCAGGAUUUGAUACUCCCUAUGUGAUAAUGUGAAUAACUUUAUCAUGUAAACCGUGGGGAAAAAUCGAUAUUUCUGCACUCGAUCUGCUGUUGCUGCUUUCGAUGUGAGUCUAUCCAUACAGAGCAAUGGUAGGAAAGAUGAAAUUUUUAGAUGGUAUUUGGGUUGAAAAUCUGUAAUGCAAACUUUAGAACCUUACCUGAAUUCAGACAAUACACUGAUAUUAGAAAGAAAAUGAAAGAAACAAGACUUUGUUUGCUUUGUGUAUUCAAUUCUAUUGAAAUGGUUUACUGCUUUGGAUCCUAUUGAGGAAUGAAGUAAUUGUAAUGAUAA